GUCUAUGGGACCAGACUGGGAUUUGUUGCUGCCUUCCGCAGCUGCUGGCGCUGUAGUCGCCAUCAUGUCAGAUACAGACAGCGAUGAAGAUUCUGCUGGAGGCGGGCCAUUUUCUUUAACCGGUUUUCUUUUCGGCAACAUCAAUGGAGCCGGGCAGUUGGAGGGGGAAAGCGUCUUGGAUGAUGAGUGUAAGAAGCACUUGGCAGGCUUGGGGGCUUUGGGUCUGGGCAGCCUGAUCACUGAACUCACGGCAAAUGAAGAAUUGACUGGGACUGACGGUGCCUUGGUAAAUGAUGAAGGAUGGGUCAGGAGUACUGAAGAUGCUGUGGACUACUCAGACAUCAAUGAGGUAGCAGAAGAUGAAAGCCGAAGAUACCAGCAGACAAUGGGGAGCUUGCAGGCCCUUUGCCACUCAGAUUAUGAUGAAGAUGACUAUGAUGCUGAUUGUGAAGACAUUGAUUGCAAGUUAAUGCCUCCCCCACCUCCACCCUCAGGACCAGUGAAGAAGGAUAAGGACCAAGAUGCUAUUACUGGUGUGUCUGAAGAUGGAGAAGGCAUCAUCUUGCCCUCCAUCAUUGCCCCUUCCUCUUUGGCCUCAGAAAAAGUGGACUUCAGUAGUUCCUCUGACUCAGAAUCUGAGAUGGGACCUCAGGAUGCAACACAGGCAGAAUCUGAAGAUGGAAAGCUGACCCUACCAUUGGCCGGGAUUAUGCAGCAUGAUGCCACCAAAUUGUUGCCAAGUGUCACAGAACUUUUCCCAGAAUUUCGUCCUGGAAAGGUAUUACGCUUCCUUCGUCUUUUUGGACCUGGGAAGAAUGUCCCAUCUGUUUGGCGGAGUGCUCGGAGGAAGAGAAAAAAGAAGCACCGUGAGCUGAUACAAGAAGGGCAUAUCCAGGAGGUGGAAUGCUCAGUAGAAUCAGAAGUUAACCAGAAGUCUUUGUGGAACUAUGACUAUGCUCCACCACCACCUCCAGAGCAAUGUCUCUCUGAUGAUGAAAUCACAAUGAUGGCUCCUGUGGAGUCCAAAUUUUCCCAAUCAACUGGAGAUACAGAUAAAGUGACAGAUACGAAACCAAGAGUAGCAGAGUGGCGUUAUGGGCCUGCCCGACUGUGGUAUGAUAUGUUGGGUGUCCCUGAAGAUGGAAGUGGGUUUGACUAUGGCUUCAAACUGAGGAAGACAGAACAUGAACCUGUGAUAAAAUGUAAAAUGAUGGAGGUAAGCAAUACUGGACUAGGUUUUGCAGCCACUCUGGAUGAUGACAAACCUUGGUACUCUAUUUUUCCCAUUGACAAUGAGGAGCUGGUGUAUGGACGUUGGGAGGACAAUAUUAUUUGGGACGCUCAGGCCAUGCCCCGGCUUUUGGAGCCUCCUAUUUUGACACUUGAUCCCAACGAUGAAAACCUUAUUUUGGAAAUUCCUGAUGAAAAGGAAGAGGCCACUUCUAACUCUCCCUCCAAGGAAAGUAAAAAGGAAUCAUCUCUGAAGAAGAGUAGAAUUCUCUUAGGAAAAACAGGAGUCAUCAAGGAGGAACCACAGCAGAACAUGUCUCAGCCUGAAGUGAAAGAUCCAUGGAAUCUCUCCAAUGAUGAGUAUUACUACCCCAAGCAACAGGGUCUUCGAGGCACCUUUGGAGGGAAUAUUAUCCAGCAUUCAAUUCCUGCUGUGGAAUUACGGCAGCCUUUCUUUCCUACCCAUAUGGGACCGAUCAAACUCCGGCAGUUCCAUCGUCCGCCUUUGAAAAAGUACUCCUUUGGGGCAUUAUCUCAGCCAGGUCCCCACUCAGUCCAGCCUUUACUAAAGCACAUCAAAAAGAAGGCCAAGAUGAGAGAACAAGAGAGGCAAGCUUCAGGUGGUGGAGAGAUGUUUUUUAUGCGCACACCUCAGGACCUCACAGGAAAAGAUGGAGAUCUUAUUCUUGCAGAGUAUAGUGAGGAAAAUGGGCCCUUAAUGAUGCAGGUUGGCAUGGCAACCAAGAUAAAGAACUACUAUAAACGGAAACCUGGAAAAGACCCUGGAGCACCAGACUGUAAAUAUGGGGAAACUGUUUACUGUCAUACAUCUCCUUUCCUGGGCUCUCUCCAUCCUGGCCAAUUAUUGCAGGCAUUUGAGAACAACCUUUUUCGUGCUCCAAUUUAUCUUCAUAAGAUGCCAGAAACUGACUUCCUUAUCAUUCGGACAAGACAGGGUUACUAUAUUCGGGAAUUAGUGGAUAUUUUUGUGGUUGGCCAGCAAUGCCCCUUGUUUGAAGUUCCUGGGCCCAACUCAAAAAGGGCCAAUACACAUAUUCGAGACUUUCUACAGGUUUUUAUUUACCGCCUCUUCUGGAAGAGUAAAGAUCGGCCACGGCGGAUCAGAAUGGAAGAUAUAAAAAAAGCUUUUCCUUCCCAUUCAGAAAGCAGCAUCCGGAAGAGGCUAAAGCUCUGUGCUGACUUCAAACGCACAGGGAUGGACUCAAACUGGUGGGUGCUGAAGUCAGAUUUUCGUCUACCAACUGAAGAGGAGAUCAGAGCUAUGGUGUCACCAGAGCAAUGCUGUGCUUAUUAUAGCAUGAUAGCUGCAGAGCAGCGGCUGAAGGAUGCUGGUUAUGGUGAGAAAUCCUUUUUUGCUCCAGAAGAAGAAAAUGAGGAAGAUUUUCAGAUGAAGAUUGAUGAUGAGGUUCGCACUGCUCCUUGGAACACCACAAGGGCCUUCAUUGCUGCCAUGAAGGGCAAGUGUCUCCUGGAGGUGACUGGGGUGGCAGAUCCCACAGGGUGUGGUGAAGGAUUCUCCUAUGUGAAGAUUCCAAAUAAGCCAACACAGCAGAAGGAUGAUAAGGAACCUCAGCCAGUGAAAAAGACAGUGACAGGAACAGAUGCAGACCUCCGUCGCCUUUCCCUGAAAAAUGCAAAGCAACUUUUGCGUAAAUUUGGCGUGCCUGAGGAAGAGAUUAAGAAGUUGUCCCGCUGGGAAGUGAUCGAUGUAGUGCGUACAAUGUCAACAGAACAGGCCCGCUCUGGAGAGGGGCCCAUGAGUAAAUUUGCCCGUGGAUCAAGGUUUUCUGUGGCUGAACAUCAGGAGCGUUAUAAAGAGGAAUGUCAGCGCAUCUUUGAUCUACAGAACAAGGUUUUGUCAUCAACUGAAGUAUUAUCAACUGACACAGACAGCAGCUCAGCUGAAGAUAGUGAUUUUGAAGAAAUGGGAAAAAACAUUGAGAACAUGUUACAGAAUAAGAAAACCAGCUCUCAGCUAUCACGUGAACGGGAGGAGCAGGAGAGGAAGGAACUACAGCGGAUGCUACUUGCAGCAGGCUCAACAGCAUCAGGAAACAAUCACAGAGAUGAUGACACAGCUUCUGUGACUAGCCUUAACUCUUCUGCCACUGGCCGCUGUCUCAAGAUUUAUCGCACAUUUCGAGAUGAAGAGGGGAAAGAGUAUGUUCGCUGUGAGACGGUCCGAAAACCAGCCGUUAUUGAUGCCUAUGUGCGCAUACGGACCACAAAAGAUGAAGAAUUCAUUCGAAAAUUUGCCCUUUUUGAUGAACAGCAUCGAGAAGAGAUGCGAAAAGAGCGGCGGAGGAUUCAAGAGCAACUGAGGCGGCUUAAACGGAAUCAAGAAAAGGAGAAGCUUAAGGGUCCUCCUGAGAAAAAGCCAAAAAAAAUGAAGGAGCGUCCUGAUUUAAAACUGAAAUGUGGCGCGUGUGGUGCCAUUGGGCACAUGAGGACAAACAAAUUUUGCCCCCUCUAUUAUCAAACAAAUGCUCCACCUUCUAACCCUGUAGCCAUGACAGAGGAGCAGGAGGAGGAGUUGGAAAAGACAGUCAUUCAUAAUGAUAAUGAAGAACUUAUCAAGGUUGAAGGGACCAAGAUCGUCUUGGGGAAACAGCUAAUUGAGAGUGCGGAUGAGGUUCGAAGAAAAUCUCUGGUUCUCAAGUUCCCUAAGCAGCAACUUCCUCCCAAGAAGAAACGCCGAGUUGGAACCACUGUUCACUGUGACUAUUUGAAUAGACCUCAUAAAUCCAUCCACCGGCGCCGGACAGACCCUAUGGUGACACUGUCAUCCAUCUUGGAGUCUAUCAUUAAUGAUAUGAGAGAUCUUCCAAAUACAUACCCUUUCCACACUCCAGUCAAUGCAAAGGUUGUAAAGGACUACUACAAAAUCAUCACCCGACCAAUGGACCUACAAACACUCCGUGAAAAUGUGCGUAAACGGCUCUACCCAUCUCGGGAAGAGUUCAGAGAGCAUUUGGAGCUAAUCGUAAAAAAUAGUGCAACCUACAAUGGGCCAAAACACUCAUUGACCCAGAUAUCUCAAUCCAUGCUGGAUCUCUGUGAUGAAAAACUUAAAGAGAAAGAAGACAAAUUGGCUCGCUUAGAGAAAGCUAUUAACCCCUUGCUGGAUGAUGAUGACCAAGUGGCAUUUUCUUUCAUUCUGGACAACAUUGUCACCCAGAAAAUGAUGGCAGUUCCAGAUUCUUGGCCAUUUCAUCACCCAGUUAAUAAGAAGUUUGUUCCAGAUUAUUACAAAGUGAUUGUCAAUCCAAUGGAUUUAGAGACUAUAAGGAAGAAUAUUUCGAAGCACAAGUAUCAGAGUCGAGAGAGCUUUCUAGAUGAUGUAAACCUUAUUCUGGCCAACAGUGUUAAGUACAAUGGGCCUGAGAGUCAGUACACUAAGACUGCUCAGGAGAUUGUGAACGUCUGUUACCAGACAUUGACUGAGUAUGAUGAGCAUUUGACUCAACUUGAGAAGGAUAUUUGUACAGCUAAAGAAGCAGCUUUAGAAGAAGCAGAAUUAGAAAGCCUAGACCCAAUGACACCAGGGCCCUACACACCUCAGCCUCCUGAUUUGUAUGAUACCAACAUAUCCCUCAGUAUAUCCCGAGAUGCCUCUGUGUUUCAAGAUGAGAGCAAUAUGUCUGUCCUGGAUAUUCCCACUGCCACUCCAGAAAAGCAAGUAACACAGGAAGGUGAAGAUGGAGAUGGUGAUCUUGCAGAUGAAGAGGAAGGAACUGUGCAACAGCCUCAAGCCAGUGUCCUAUAUGAGGAUUUGCUUAUGUCUGAAGGAGAAGAUGAUGAAGAAGAUGCUGGGAGUGAUGAAGAAGGAGAUAAUCCUUUCUCUGCUAUCCAGCUGAGUGAAAGUGGAAGUGACUCGGAUGUGGGAUCUGGUGGGAUAAGACCCAAACAGCCCCGCAUGCUUCAGGAAAACACAAGGAUGGGCAUGGAAAAUGAAGAAAGCAUGAUGUCCUAUGUGGGAGAUGGCGGGGAGGCUUCCCAUGGUUUGGAGGAUAGCAACAUCAGUUAUGGGAGCUAUGAGGAGCCUGAUCCUAAGUCGAACACCCAAGACACAAGCUUCAGCAGCAUCGGUGGGUAUGAGGUAUCAGAGGAGGAAGAAGAUGAGGAGGAAGAGCAGCGCUCUGGGCCAAGUGUACUAAGCCAGGUCCACCUAUCAGAGGACGAGGAGGACAGUGAGGAUUUUCACUCCAUUGCUGGGGAAAGUGACUUGGACUCUGAUGAAUGAGGCUUCUUUUGGGCCUCCUUGGUCAGCCUUACCUGUUCUCCAGGCUAGGUGUCACCUUUUCCUGGUUUAUUUAUAUUUGUACAAUGUCUGAUCCUGAAAUCACCAGAUUAACACCUUAGCCUUUAAAAAAUAGUAAAUGAUGUGGCGGACACCUGUAGUCUC